AUGGUGACCUUUAGGCAGCUUGAGAUACUGUUUGGGUUCACUAUGGAGAAGGUAACCAUGGAACAUCAAGGAAGAAGAACUCCAAAGAGUUGGGCUACAAUCGCUGAAGAGGGCCCAUCAUCUCACGACAAGGAUGGGAAGAAGAUCAGAGGAGACAGGGCACACGCAGGGAAUCUCAUGCCUCUCCUUGAGCAGCUCCAAGCCUACAAGGUCACAGCUUACAACACUAGGCACCAAAGAGGAAGAAAGCUUAGUGUUGGAGGGGUGAUCACACCAAUUCUUUGUGCAGCUGGAGUUCAACUGGACAAGAGAAGGUCUACUCCACCAGGUUGGAUGGACAUCAAGUUUUGCAAGACCAACCUCCUCAUUGAGCACAAGGAGUUGGAUGGGAGAUUCCAAUUCAAGUUCACCAUCCAUUGGCUGGACCCUCCAAGCUUCUCCUGCCCAACCCUGAGCUCACCACGGUAG